AGAUAAAGCGUUGAGCUUGUGUAAAAUCUAUCACAAGCUGACGUUUCCUGUAGGUAUACACAUCAUCAAAUAAGACUAAUUCGAAAUUUCAAAAAGUAACAAAACUUUUAGUAUACAUAAUAUUCUCAAUUCCAAGGUGAACCAUCACUCUAACCAGCUCAUUUGUCAUGAGCUAUCAUGCGUAUUCAAUAGUUUUUCUAUUCAUCUCAACUCAAGGUACAAUCUCAAGCUCAGAACAACAACUUGCCAAAGUGUUUGAAGAUGAUUUCAUAGUACCUCAUUUACUUCCAAUUGCACCUCCAGAACUCAGCCCGAUUAUCUACAAACCCGGUCUAAUCAUACUUACUGGUAAACCUUACUUCCCUUACCAAAUACAAGAAUUACCAGACAUAACAUGGAACUAUAAGGAUGAAACAUAUUACACGAUAGUAAUACUGGGAGCUUUUCAAAGGCAAGGUGAAAAUACCACCCCAAAAGACUCGAGAAAUUCCGACAAAAUCACCGUCUCUCCGCCAGAACAAUGGUGGCAUCAAUGGGUGAAAGUAAACGUUUUUGAGAACUGUAUCGAUUCAACGGGAACCGAUUUGAAACGUUUUUCGCAAUCAGAAAUGCUCCAACCGAAUAGUACACACAGGGUACUUCAAGUAUUCGCGAUUUACCAGCAGAAAGAAAAAAUUGAACUGAACCUGGAAGUGGAUCCGCCAAAUAAGUUACUGCAACAACAUUUCACUCCCCUGUCAAAUUUCGAAAACAACUUUCCAGGAACUGUUCUCUUAUCCGGAAAUUUUUUCCAUAUGAUCGAAAAAUUCGAACUUAAAAGCGGUAUACGCGAAGAUUUAUUCGACCCGAAAGCGCUGAAGUUGAAGAAAACGGUAGAAAGUGCUCAGAGAGCCAAUAAUCGCUACUUCGGACUUUAACAAUGAGCUGGAAUCAUCGUAAGCCUAAAAAUUUCAGGGUACACUAUCUCAAAUACCACAUUUUCCCUCAAAUUGUACAACAGGAACAAUCAUUUGGUUGCGUAGUCGACCCAUUUUCAUUAAAAUAAUCGAAUACUUAAAAUUAAGACUGGUGAAGAUCAUAAAAAAUAUAUUACUUUUUAUAUC